CAAUAUAUAAACAUGCUCAUCUUCCUCACUUAUUACAGUACUAAGGCUGUGACAAAACUAUAUUUCUAAAACGUGUUUACAAGAAAAAAUAUAUAUAAUUCUGAAUGACUUACACAGUUACUCCUGAAUCAUUUAGAAGGAGUUUACAUGGUAUUCCCUUUGUUAUUUCAUGCAUUUUGAAAUCCCAACAAAUACUACAAGUCCCACAAAGCGAUCGUGUGGCCUCUGAUUGGAGGCGAUUGUAGCCAAUCAAAGCGCUCAGCAGUACUGAUGCGAUAAGAGCAUCUUCCAUCAUGGCGGUGGUAUUCAAGGGAUUUCCAUUCAACCUGCUGUUUGCAUCCAUAUUGUUAAUUCUGCUGCUAUGUCUUCAGUCUGGGGGAGGUCAGAAGAAAAAAGAGAACAUGCUGGCAGAGAAGGUGGAGCAAAUGAUGGAGUGGAGUUCCCGGCGUUCCAUGAUCCGUAUGAACGGGGAUAAGUUCCGGCGGUUUGUCAAGGCUCCACCCCGGAACUAUUCCGUCAUUGUGAUGUUCACCGCACUACAACCCCAGAGACAAUGUUCUGUCUGCAGGCAAGCUAAUGAGGAAUAUCAGGUGCUGGCUAACUCCUGGCGAUACUCUUCGGCCUUCUCUAAUAAACUGUUCUUCACGGUGGUGGAUUAUGAUGAGGGGGCUGACGUCUUUCAACAGCUGAACAUGAACUCUGCCCCCACCUUCAUGCAUUUCCCAGCCAAAGGGAAGCCGAAGAGAGCAGACACCUUUGACCUUCAGCGGAUUGGCUUUGCCUCUGAGCAACUGGCCAAGUGGAUCGCAGAUCGUACUGAUGUGCAGAUUCGGGUCUUCCGGCCACCCAAUUAUUCGGGUACAAUCGCUCUGGCUCUGCUGGUGUCUCUGGUCGGUGGGCUCCUCUAUCUGCGCAGAAACAACUUGGAGUUCAUCUACAACAAGACUGGCUGGGCCAUGGCCGCACUGUGCGUGGUGUUUGCCAUGACUUCAGGUCAGAUGUGGAAUCAUAUUCGUGGUCCUCCAUAUGCCCACAAGAACCCUCAAAAUGGUCAGGUGAGUUAUAUCCACGGCAGCAGUCAAGCACAGUUUGUGGCUGAAUCUCACAUUAUUCUUCUGUUGAAUGCAGCCAUCACCAUGGGAAUGGUCCUUCUGAAUGAAGCUGCCACCUCUAAGGGAGAAGUGGGCAAACGAAGGAUUAUCUGUCUUGUUGGACUUGGUUUAGUGGUGUUCUUCUUUAGCUUUCUUCUGUCCAUCUUCAGAUCAAAGUAUCAUGGUUAUCCUUACAGCUUCCUGAUUAAAUAAGAUCAUGUCGUGGAAGAAAUAAGCUGCCAUUCUUCUGGGGCUUUGUGUAUGAAUUCAACUACAGUUUGACUGUAAUGCACUGCAUGUGUGACCUAAGAUAAAUAAACUAAACUAUU